AAAUAUAAGGAAAAAGAAUACAGAGAAGCAUGGAAAGUGAGGACACAAAGAAAAUACAAGAAAUGAAGACUGACCUGAACUUAUUAUUGGAGUGUCUGAAGUAUCAAAUGGACAACCCUUUUUCACAAAAGGAUGCUUUGGUCACUAUUCAUUCAAUUUGUCAACAAAACAGUAAUGCAGCUGUUUAUUUUCGGGAUAUCGGUGGUUUGAUAUUUGUAAAAAAUCUUGCAAAGUCAAGUGAACAUAGCAUGGUAAAAGAAGCGGCUUUAUAUACAUUAGGAACUGUUGCAGAACAAAAUGUUUACUGUCAGCAGACUUUGUGUACUUCAGAAUUGUUUGAUGACCUAACUUGGUUCUUAUCUAAUAAUGAUUCAAACACAAAUUUGAAAAGAAUGUCUGUCUAUGUUAUUUUGGUUCUAGUUUCAAAUAAUAGGGCUGGACAAACGCUUGUGAGAGAAACAGGGUGUAUUACAGUUUUGUCACAGUUGUUCAGGUCAGUUCUUUCAAAAUAUGAGUUGAAUUUGUCAGAUAAAAAUGUUUUCCAGAGUUAUCAGUUGUGGUCUUCAGUGUGUAGUACUCUGUGUGUCUGUGUCAACAAUCCUCAAAAUGAUGAGAAUCAAAUGCUUUGCUGUUCACUUUUUCCACAUGCUAAUGACUGGUUAAUAAAUUGCGUGAAACCUGAGAUAAUUCGCCCUAUUUGCUCAUUUAUUGGACUCACUCUUGCAAAUAACACAUAUGUUCAGAAAUACUUUAUAUCUGUGGGUGGACUGGAUGUAUUGUCUCAAGUUCUUGUGCAACUGGAAUUGGAUUCACACAAGACUGUUUCUAGUGCUAAGCUUGCAGUGGUGGUGACAAAAACAGUGGAUGCGUGUAUUGCUGAUAAUCCUACUUUUGGGGUAGUAUUAUCCAAAUACCACAUUGUUUCGAAACUUCUGGCAUUACUGCUUCAUGAAAGUCUGGAUUCAGGAGAAAAAUUUAGCAUCAUACUUACUCUUGGUCAUUGCACAGAGGAUUGUGAAGAAAAUCAGUAUGACCUUUUUAAAAACAAUGGGCUUCCACUCAUGAUACAAGCUUUAACUGAAUCUCAGAAUGAGGAAUUAAACAAAGCUGCAACUUUUGUGCUUCACAACUGCAAAAAAAUUACUGAGAAAUUAUCUCUAAGUCUAGGAGAAUAUUCUUUUGAUGAAAAUGAAACAGAACAAUUAAAGGACGUAAAUGUGAAAGAGAAGAAUCUUGAAGAGCACUGGAAGAAAGCAAAGGAAAUUCUACACAGAAUAGAACAGCUUGAAAGAGAAGGAAAUGAGGAAGAAAUACAAAGAGAAAAAUAUAAGGAUAAUAUUUCAUCUGUGAACAUAAAUAUUCAAAAUACAUUGAAACACCUCCAUGCCGAUAGUAUUGGUGGAGGUCCCAAAGCAGAAGAUAAGGAUAAAAGCCAGUCUAGAAGGCUUCAGAGUUAUAAGUCCCCUGGAGUCAUGUCUCAAACAUGUACAAAUGAUGACCAAAUGAAGACCCUGUUAAAGAAUGCAAAUCCAGUUAAUGCUUGUUAUAGGGAGAGUGGGCAAAAUAAGACUUUAUGUAAAGCCAAUUCAAGCUGCAGUCAAAACUUACAUGAAGAAAUAACUUUUGAAAAAAAGAAUUUUGUUUCUCAAUCAAGCAACCAUGUUUUUAAACAUCCAACUCCCAUUGUCAAAAAUAGAAAGCAGCAGUUACCAGUAACAGAUCCAUUUACAUUAUGCUCAGAUAUAAUAAAUAAAGAAGUCAUCAGUUUUCUAGCAACCAACAAUUGUUCCAAAAUGUUGAAGUAUAGAUGCCCAGGUUGCAUAGCAGUAGGAAAAUCUCUGAAUAGCCGAAAUUUUAGCAGGCUCUUGCACUCUUGCCCAUACCAAUGUGAUCGUCACAAAGUCAUUGUGGAAGCUGAAGACAGAUAUAAAAGUGAACUAAGGAAAUCACUUAUCUCUAACAAAAAAAUUCUGCUGACCCCACGUAGAAAACGACAACUCAGUAAUGAAUCUACUACCCCUGGAGGAAUAAAAAAAAGAAGAAUUCGUAAAAACUUUACUAAAGAAGAAGUAAAUUACCUUUUCAAUGGAGUUAAGAAAAUGGGAAAUCACUGGAAUUUAAUUUUGUGGUCUUUCCCCUUUCAGCAAGGACGGAAGGCUGUGGACCUUGCUCACAAAUACCAUAAGCUGAUCAAACGCCCCAAGUGUGCAGCUCCUUGAUUGGAAGACUUGUCAGUUUUUAGUUUGAACUCUUAAAAUACAAUGCCUUGAAGAUACAAAAUUUAAAAUAUUCUUCUAAACUCUCAUGAGACAGGGAAUGUGGAAACAGGGAUACUGCUUUAAUUAACUACUU